AUGCCUUACAAGUUCGAGCAGAAGAACAUGCAGUACAAGCACCUCGGCCCGACUGGCCUGCUGGUCUCUGUGCUCUCGUACGGCGGCUGGCUCACCGUCGGUGGAUCCGUCAAGGGGCAGACCAACACCGACCUGAUCAAGUGCGCAUUGGACCACGGUGUCAACUUCUUCGACAAUGCCGAAGUCUACGCCAACGGCGAGUCUGAGAUCGCCAUGGGUCAGGCCUUCAAGGAGCUCGACGUCGACCGCAGCCAGAUCGUUGUCACUACCAAGAUCUUCUUCGGCACUGGCAAGAGCGACCCGAAUCAGCGCGGCCUCUCUCGCAAGCACAUCAUUGAGGGGAUGAGGGCUUCGCUCAAGAGGCUCCAGCUCGACUACGUUGACGUCGUUUUUGCGCACCGUCCGGACGUCGCUACGCCCAUGGAGGAGUUUGUCCGCGCCAUGAACUGGGUUAUUGACCAGGGAUGGGCUUUUUACUACGGCACGAGUGAGUGGACUGCGCAGCAGAUCCAGGAGGCGAUUGGUAUUGCAGACCGCCUCGGUCUCCAGCGCCCUAUCGUCGAACAGCCGCAGUACUCGAUCCUCCACCGCGAGAAGUUCGAGGUAGAGUACGCCCCGCUCUUCAAGAACUACGGGCUCGGCACGACGAUCUGGUCGCCGCUUGCGGGCGGCGAGCUCUCCGGCAAGUACGCCAACGGCAUUCCCGAAGACUCGCGCUGGAAGACCAACCCGAACUUCUACGAGAAGCAGAUCAAGGAGUACGAGUCGCCCGAGGGGCAGGCAAGGCAGGCCAAGAUCCGCAAGCUCGGCGACGUCGCCAAGCGCCUCGACUCGACUACCGCCGCCGUCGCCCUCGCCUGGUGCGCCAAAAACCCGAACGUAUCGACUGUCAUCUUGGGUGCUACCAAGGUUGCGCAGCUCGAGGAAAACUUCAAGGCUCUCGAUGUUCUGCCGAAGAUCACGGACGACAUCGUGAAGGAGAUUGACGAGAUCUUCGAGAACAAGCCCGACCAGCUCCCGACCUACGGCCGCGCCUAA